AAAAUUGCUACCCAUCCAUCGAUUAUCUCAUGCGCUUAUUCUCACAAAGUUGGUUCGUAGUAUAUUGGUCAUUAUGAAUAAAGCAGAAUUGCACUGUAAAUUUUGAUAUUUUGAGAAGUGAAACCACACAAAGCGCAGUAACGUUUCGUGACUGCUGUGUUUCCACCCAACCCCCCAACGAUUCAAAAAGGCUAACAAGAACGCGUCUGGAUACAAAUGGACAUGUUCGGUGAGGACUGUUUGUUUUGUUUUGUAAUUUUGUAAAAAGUUGUUGCUUCAACUGGCAGUUCUGUGGACAUUGUUACUUGAGUUCAAGCUAGCCUGCUAAUCCAAGGCAACGAACUCUUUCACGAUACUUAACGACAAAAAGUGCACUCCUUGUUGCUGAUUAUCAACCAUAAAAGAAAAUAUUAGGCGAGCUGAUCAAAAAUACCGAUAGCCAUUCUGUUUCACAGUGUGGUCAUUAAUUUCCUCCUCAUCAGACAGUCACGAGGACAGUUGGGACGCCGCACGACGACGGAAGCCCGAACCGGCCAGAGUGAUUGAAUCAACAUUCAAAUUGAUAAGGACCUCCACCUUAGUUUAACUCUCAAACGGCAGCAGAAUGGGUUGCUUAGCAACAAUCAAAGAACAACGUAAUCUGUGACGCGAUUAUAAGCAUCCCUGCCAUGUGGAAUUUAAAUUUCUUGGCGCACGUUAGGUAAACGGAACGUUAGUUAGUCGGCGCUCGAUUGAGACACAACGCCAACAUGGAUUUUAUUGAGGGUAGCAUCGGCAUCUACAGACCCCUCGUGGAGUUUUUUGACACUCCCUCAUAUAAACAAUCAAUGGAGACCUGCUGGAAUGCUAUCUCUUAUAAACUACAGAUUGGACUGUUGGCAGAACUUUUUGUACUCCAGCAGAAGAACCUGAUCCCAUCUGAGGUGACUGCUGAUGAAAUGGCUGACCUGCUAGUAGAGGAGACAAAAAAAUCAAUUCGAGUGAAGCUUUGGGAGUAUGAAGUGGAAGACUGCUUUGAGGCCGAAUCCAAGCUGGUUUUUGAGGUGAACACCAGCAUGAAGAUGAGAGACAUUGAAUUUGAAGCCAGAAGGCUCCUGGACUCUCCUGAGAUGAUCCCUUCCCAGUUAAAACACACUACGAUCCUCCGCAAAGCUCGACAGUUUGCUGGGAGCUUGGAGCAGCAGAAGGCAACCUAUGCUGAUCUACUCAACCCACGUGCGAUGGUGAUAAAGGUUCUACCAAAAGUCCUGCAGAUCUUUUGGUUGCCUCCACCAACCACCCCCUUUACCAUGCCAUCCAAGUACCUUAGCAAAAUGGCUGUCGGAGUGACACAGGCUGUGUUGGACCGCAUCUCCCAGAAACUGUCCUAUGUCCAACUCCAAUUCUCCUACUCCAUAAGAGACAAUUUAGUCCUGUCUAUCCAUGAAAAAGUGAGACAGGCUUUCACUGCACACGACCUGGUGGAGAGCAUUCACAGCUUUCAACCAAGGUUCUUAAAGACCAUCACAGAUGUCACUGUUGAGGAAAUCGGUACACUCUUUGUUCUUUUUGGAUCCUUUCCGUCUUCCCCAUCUGCGGACCUGUCUUUGGAGACGACUUCUGUGCCAGAUGAUGACAAUCUGCUUCAAGAGCCAACCAAGGAAAAAGACUCAAUCGCCAGCAGAAAAACUGUUGCUUUAGCAUCGGCUCAGUUACCUCCUUCAAGCAAAGAGAGAGACAACAUUAGUCAGGAAGUGACUACAGUGAUGCAGAGUCUUCUCAGGAACGUCUCAAAUUAUAUGAAAAUGCUCUUUGUCAGAGAGCACAGAUUAAGAUCAUAAACCUCUGACAUUUACACACUGCAUACUUUGCCUUUAGGACACAAAUCCUCGAAGUGGGUUAUUGCUGUGUCACACAGUAGUUUCAGUUUGCCUUUUUUUUAAAUAAAUGCAUGGUGACUUUAGUGCAACGUUUCCCUGAAUACAAAGGGACGUUGACAGUGAUCCUGGGUGUACCAUUUUAAAAAACUCACACUGCAGUUACAAUUGGUGGACUUCUGUCUACCUUUGAAGCAAAUUCCCAGGUCGAUUUCAAGCCCCCUUCAUGUUUCACCUUACUCAAAGUACAAUGAUGGGGG